UUCCCCCCCCCCCAUCAAGACACACCAGAACUGAGUGAAUCAACCAACCACCCCCUCCCCUCCCCUAGCUCUGCCUGAAUGAAGCCCAGACAAAGUGUCGUUUGGCCAGGGGCUGAGUCAGAAACUUGCCGAUGUCCAGUGCUCGGCAGUGCCAGACCAAGGGGACACAAUCAAGCCAGGCGAGACAACUCGCACUACGCUGCGCACAAGGGGACACAACUGGUUCUAAAUAUGGCUAGUUUGGUGUUCGGGAUUUCCCUCUUUUGGUGUUGCGCACCGGUGAUUGUCUUGGGCCAGGAUUUUGAAAAUGACGAUGAAAACACCACGUAUAUCGAUGAUCAAACAGAAGAUUGCCAAGUUUGUAACAACAGUGGUCAAAUAGCUGGAGCUGUUAUAGGCUCCCUAAUUGGUGGUUUUCUUCUUGGUGCUGCUGUUGUAUACUGGUUCAUGAAACGACCUUUGAGCAGACUGAAUUCACCCAAGCAAGUUCACAUACCAAGGAAAGAUUACGACCAGCCUGAGGCCGCCCACUUUGAUGUCAACAGAAAUGAUGAGGCAGUCUAUGAGACGGCCUAUCAGGACACGGAAGUCAACACAGACUUGGCUGGGGUCAAAAGUCACAAAAAACUUGAGAGAAUCGCUAAAUCCACGCAGAAAUCACCAACAAAUAUUGAAAUCCCAUUGGCUGCUACGCCAUUGAUUGUGUCCCUUGAGAGCCCAGGAGAGGACAACCACGGGGUUGUGACAACGCCAGUUGGUACAAAAACUAUCCUGGCUGACCUGGGCAACAGCAUGUACACCAACACAGGCAAGGAGAGUUUGCUGAGCCAGCCGUACGAAACACUGGACAUAAUACCUGAGGAGGUGGAGUACGAGAACUCAAAGUACAACACGUACGAGCCCAUAUCUUAGGUGUACAACAUAUAACAGCCCAUUUUUUGCCAAGUAAAACAUAAGGUACAAAAAAUUAGCCCAUAUCUUAAACAAGCACAACACAUAUGAGCCAAUAUCUAUGACAAGUAAAAUUUAAAGUACAACACAUACAAGCCUAUUUCUUAGACA